UUUGCCAGGUUUACAAUUGAAACAAACGUCCGAAAUAAGUUAGAAAAUAUUGAAAUAAAAUAAAUAUUACCACUCGUCAUUUCUUCAUCAUAUUAAAUAAACAUGUGUUAGAUAUAUUUUAAUCUUAAAAAAUAUUGUGAAGUCACUUGUUAAUUUAGUUUUUUGUGUUACUUUGGUGAAAGCUAAAUAAAAUAAAAUGGAUGGAACAUUGAUACUUAUUUUGUUGGCUAUUGUUAUGUUAAUUGGUUCUUACGUUGCUGGAAGUAUACCGUUAAAUGUGAGCAUGUCGGAGGAUAAGCUUCAAAAAGUUACCGUAUUUGGUGCUGGUCUAUUAGUAGGAACUGCCCUGGCUGUGAUUAUUCCUGAAGGAGUCCGCUCACUGUUCAGUGAGAGAUCUCUACCAACCAUUAUGACCAAGGACUACACAGCUGAGCCACCUGGACAUGACGAUGAUUUGCAUUCAGUUAUUGGAAUAUCUCUUGUGCUGGGUUUUGUAUUCAUGCUACUAGUCGACCAAGUAUCAACAAGAUAUAAUGAGUCCAGCAAUCCUGUGGAAAAGAAUGUUACAGCUACUGUGGGUCUGGUAGUCCAUGCUGCUGCUGAUGGUAUUGCUCUUGGAGCUGCAGCCACAACAUCCCACGCGGAUGUGGAGUUCAUAGUGUUUCUAGCCAUUAUGCUCCAUAAAGCGCCAGCUGCGUUUGGUCUAGUCACCUUCUUGCUGCACGCUGGUUUAGAAAGAAACAGGAUACGCAAACAUUUAUUAAUAUUCUCGUGCUCGGCACCACUACUUGCACUACUAACUUACUUUGGCAUUGGAAACGAGAGUAAACAGACGCUAAGCGACUUUAAUGCUACAGGUAUAGCCAUGCUGUUCUCAGCGGGCACAUUCUUAUAUGUUGCAACUGUUCAUGUGUUGCCUGAACUCACUCACUCACACGCACAUACUCACUCUCUUCUUCCCACACAGGAGGGGGCACCCCCCAAGAAGGGUUUUGGGGGAUUGCAAUUUUGCGAAAUGAUAAUUUUAACUGUUGGAGCAUUAUUACCCCUACUUUUAACUAUGGGUCAUAAACAUUAAUUUUUUUUGUUUGAGAACAAUAUAGGAGUGUUAGGACGAGACAACAUGAGUUGUUAUUGAAAUUUGUAAAGACCAAGCUGUCUAAUCUGGAAACAAAUUCCGAUUCAAAGACAUUGGAUUGCCCCGUAACUUUUCAGCUCUUCAAUAGCAUAUUAUUUCCAUGUUUCUUGUUCACUAAGCUAGCUAGCUAGCUGUUUCAGCUAACUGAUAUAGUUACUUAAUGAUUCGACUUAUUCCUGUUUAUAUUUAAAAAAAAUAGUACAAAAAUUAAUUGACUUGAUAUAUAAAGAUUGUAAUCCAGAGCAGACAUCCUGUUUUAACUCUCCUGACUGUAGCUUAAAUAUUUAUUUUUACCGAGUUCCUAGUAAUAAAUUUAGUGUAUAUAUGACCUUAGAAGGAUAACAUCUCAUUCCUCAAGAAUGACAACAUAUUAGUGGUACCACGGGUGUCUUAUGUUAACUUGAAGCCCCUAAUGCUAUUUAUGUAUACAGGCGACACUUAUCAUCAUCGUGUAUGCCAAUAAAAUACAAAAAAAUUUAACUCGACUAACCACUCUAAUAUGUGAUAGAGUACAAUAGUCUGAAAACUAAAAAAAAACAGGUUUUGGAGUCUAAAACGCAAGAGUAAACGCGUCUAUUGCGUCGAUCUUUUUAGAAGUAUAAAUAAAAGGGGUAUAUGGCCUAAGUAUUUGUUUCUUUAGAAUCAUAUAAUAAUUAUUAUUUACAUUGUUAACACGAACAAUUUUAUGGUAAAUAAAAG